AUGAUGAACGAUUACGAUCGAUCUGUCAAUGUUGAAAACCCUCGUUCAGCACAUCUGAAUGGAGAUACGGCGGUUUUUUCCGAUCUUACUGCACGGAUGCUUCAUGCAGGAGUGGAUAACAGCAGCAAGCGUUCCGUUAAUCUUGUUGAUUACAUCGAGUGGGAUUCGAAGGAGUACAAUACAUAUAACCACUUCAACAUCACUGAGGAUAUGGGAAUCGACGAUCAUAGCUGCGGUGCGCCUGAGCCCUUGGCCAGGUUCUGGCCACUUCUGUAUUCGCCUCUGCCGUCAGACCUUCCACCGGUCAAUAAAGACAACCUGAUUCUAUCGGCCGCAUAUAGAGGUGACAUGGAUCGAUAUGUACGUCUACGACGCCCACAAAUGAUUGAACAAGAAUUUCACGCUAUCAUUUUGGGGAUAUACAAUCACCCCCUUUGGGCGCGAUGGUGGAGCACACAGGUGCCGGAGGUCGCCGUGAAAAGUGAGGACGUAUCCCUAAGGCGCGCAAUCAAUGCUCGACGCAUCAUCAGUGACGAUAUUACUUGUAUCACACCAAGUACCCCGGAAUUGCUGGUACCUCGCAGAAUCUGGUGGCCUAGUGUUGCUUCUCCAGUGACCUACGUGCGUCUCGCGCAGAAAAGGCCUGAUAUGCUCGAGUCUUGUCUACGAGCAUGUAUUGUCGCUGAUUAUGAAGAUGCGUGGGAUGAACUUCUGACUGGGUCAUCCGAUGGGCCGGAUGAUUCCAAAGUCACUCGGCUUUCCGAAGUCAUCAGAUCGCAGAUCUAUGCCGAGGCUAAAGAUUCACCCAAUCCGCACUACCUCCACGACAUAAAUUUGCUUGGAGCAGCGAGGGUGGAAAAGCUUGAAGCCGAUAUGUACCACAUGGAUGAUAUGCGUACUGCGAGAUGGAUGUAUUCACCGCGCUCGACCGCCCAGAGAGUUGUAAUCAAAAACAAGCCCUUCGCGUUGACAACGGGUGAGAGGGGCUCGGAUGGAAUUCCGAGAGAGCCGAGUAAUCUGGGAUUUACAAUUUUUGGCAUGGAUGCAAUUGGCUUGGGUAAUAAGAUCUGGGAGCAGGAAAGUUUCAUUGAGGUCGAGGAUAUGUACAGCAUCCUUGAUGCCAGAGACCUUUCAAGAUAG